GACAAAGCUAAUACGUAUUUAACCUGUGACACCGUGCUUUAAACCUUUAAAAAAAUGUCACAGGAAUCAUUAAAUAACUUACCUUCUGGAAGCGAUAGUGGAGAGGAAUCACUAAUGCUGCAGUUUGAGGCUAGUGAGAUGAGCCUGUCUCACCUUCACAGAGACGUAGUGCUUAAAUUUGAGCACAAGCGUAGAAUAACUGCAGAACUAAGGGUAGCGCUUGAAAAUAUUAAGAAAGAAAACGCAGAUCUCAGGAAAGAGCUCAAAAAUAUUAAGAAAGAAAACGCAGAUCUCAGGAAAGAGCUUGAAAAUAGUAGCAAAGACAACUCAGAAGUCAUGGAAGAGCUCGAAAAUAUUAAGAAAGAAAACACAGAUCUCAGGGAAGAGCUCAAAAAUAUUAAGAAAGAAAACGCAGAUCUCAGGAAAGAGCUCGAAAAUAGUAGCAAAGACAACUCAGAACUCAUGGAAAAGGUCGAAAAUAUUAAGAAAGAAAACGCAGAUCUCAGGGAAGAGCUCAAAAAUAGUAGGAAAGAAAACACAGUUCUCAGGGAAGAGUUCGAGAAUAGCAGGAAAGACAAUGCAGAGCUCAGGGAAAGGUCGAAAAUAGCAGGAAAGACAACGCAGAGCUCAAGGAACAGCUCGAAAAUAGCGGGAAAGACAACGCAGAGCUCAAGGAACAGCUCGAAAAUAGCGGGAAAGACAACGCAGAGCUCAGGAAAGAGCUCGAAAAUAGCAGGAAAGACAACGCAGAGCUCAAGGAAGAUCUCGAAAAUAGCAGGAAAGACAACGCAGAGCUCAGGGAAGAGCUCGAAAAUAGCAGGAAAGCGAAUGCAGAACUCAUGAAAACUGUGGAAAAUAAUCAGCGCCUACUUAAAGUAGGUUCAGGUCUUGCCACAGCGGCCAUUGUUGUUCCUGCAGCUUGCUGGGCCAUCUCAAAGCUUUUUGGCUGAAGGGAAUGUCCCGGGGAUCAUUCAAAGAGCGGGGAUCGCUACAAUUGUGGAUUUAAAGUUACCCUUUAAAAACAGUAAUGAUGUUUUCCAGCCACAGUCCAUCUUCAUCCUGGCGUUGUUCCCGCUGGUGCAGGGGACUCGAGCAUCUUUUGGACUCGAGCCACAGCCCACCAACCUGUCAUAAAUACGCUGUGCUCUCCUAUAUGUUUGAUUUUAUUUUGCCCCUCACCCCCCCAACCAGUCAUGGCAGAAGACCGCCCCUCCCUGAGCCUGGUUCUGCCAGAGGUUUCUUCCUGUUAAAAGGGAGUUUUUCCUCUCCACCGUUGCCAGAGUGCUUGCUCAUAGGGGAUCAUUUGAUUGUUGGGGUUGAAUUUUUGGGUUUCAUUUAAUUGGCUUGAACUGAAAAACCUAAAAAUUCAGGUGAGGGUUUUACAUAGUGGAGAGCACUACAUUUGUUAACUGCACUUUUUUUAUUGUAGUUUUUGCAGUGCUUCCUACUACAAAAACUACAGAUAAAAACCUUGCAGUUAGCAGCAAAUCAAAAUAAAGUUUUUAUUUCAAAUAUA